AUGAAGAUUCUGCUGUUGACUCUUGUACUUGGUCUGGUUUGGGCUGACCAGGAACCUCAGUCUGAGGACGGCGAAUCACUGAUUACAGGAAAGUGGUACACCAUUUCCAUAGCGUCCAAUGACAUAGAGAAGAUAUGCGAAAAUGGCUCACUGAGGGGUUAUGUCCGUCGGAUUGAAUGUAGCAACAACUGCGACCAAGUCUACAUUACUUUGUAUCAGAAGAUUAACGGGGUGUGCCAAAAGCACACAGCAGUGGGAACGAGAACGAAAAAAGACAGUUACGCGGUCACCUCAAGAGAACGUAGUAUUAGUGAAGAAGAUUAUCAGAAGUUCAAGGAACUGACUGAGGACAAGGGUAUUCCAAAGGAAAAUAUAGAAGACGUCAUCACAACAGGAAGUCAUGAUCGUGACCUCAUGGCUUGA